AAACCUCAGUGCUGGGAGAAUGGUUGCAAUGGACGGCAGUCUUCGACAUUCAGUAAUUUGAUUCAUCACCAACGAGAGAAGUCCAGCACAGCGACAAAAAAUUACUGUUCGCACUACAGGACGGCAUUCAUUCUUACCAAACCCAAAACCCAACGUUCAGGCAAACCGACUCCAACGACAAUAGCUUCAGAGCCUUUACGGAAGAUUGGCGGCGAUCCCAAACAUAGAACCCUAAAAUUCUUGGCUGGCUUAAUGUCAACUUGA